AUUGAUAGAAUUUUCAUAUAUUUAUUUUAUUGAUUUAUUCCAUUGUUUCCAGUAACAAGAAAAUUCUAUAUCCGAUUCUGUCGAUUGGUUUUUUUACUAAUUUUUAUUUCAUAAGGAUCAUAUAAAAAUAUUUGCGGUUCAAUGUGGUGUGAUUCAUAAUUACGAAAUAAUUCAAGUUUCAAAAAGAAUAUUGUUCGGAGUGAUUGUGUGUGUGUGUGUGUGUGUGUGUGUGUAUGCAAGAGAGAUUAUUCAUCUCAGGUAUAACAAGAACGGCAUAAUGGAUUCGUUAAAAAAAAUCAACACAUACAAUUGGAUUGAUAUAACCGAAGAUUUUAAGAAUGCUACUGAAAAAUUAAAACUUGGUGAACUAGUCCAUGAUGUGAUGUUUAGCCUUUACGAUGCAAUGGCCGCCAUAGAAUUGAUGGAUCCAAAAAUGGAUGCCGGAAUGGUAGGCCAAAAGAAUAAAAAAAAUUACAAAUUUGAAGAUAUGAUAAAAGAAAAUCUAAUCAAAAUUGAUUCAUUCACUACUGAAGAAUUGAUUGGAAUUAUUGAUGAUACAUAUAGUUGUUUGGUCACCUGGAUGAAUGGACAUUCAUUAGCACAAACAGUGUUUAUCAAUGUUUUUCUACAUAAUCCACAGCUAAUUUGUGAUAAAACAUUGAAAACAUUUUGUAUAACAAUGUUAAAGAUUGUGGAUAUGAUCAGUAAUUUUAUCAGUCGUGCUGCUGUUUAUGAAGAGGAAGAUUUUCAACCUAAAAACUAUGGAUUUGAUUUGGCCAGUAAUGUGAAUAUUUCAAAAAUUUUACCAAUGCUCAAAGUGAAUGAAGAUGAAAUUCGUACGGAAAUCUGUAAUGAAUCCGAAAAUAAUAGUUCUACUAACACUAAUCAUGAUCGACGAAAAAAAAUGGAAGCACUAUUGAUAAGGAUUAAAUUUACCAAAUAUUUUUUCCUUUGUUUUUAUGCAUUCAAAAAAUAUUUAUAUCAACAAAAUGCUUUAUCACUUGGUGAAUUUCUUUCACAAUUGAAUGAAAAUCUUGAUCUUUCAGAAGAUUUGCUUGUUCAUUGGUUGGCCACUAUUGAUUAUGGUAUCCAACCGAACAAUAUCACAACAAUCACGAAUGUUGAACAAUCAUCAUCAUCACAUCAUCAAAAUAAUAAGCCUGAUUAUCCCACCAUAAUUGGUUUCGAACCAUUAAUCAAUCAACGUUUGUUGGCACCAUCAUUUCCACGUUAUACAAAGAUUAAAAGUCGCAAAGAAACUAUACAAUUUUUACGAGAAUUAUUACAACGAAUCCGAAAACUACUAAAAGUACAAGAAAUUGAAAAAUUUAUAGAUGUUUUAAAAUUUUUCAAUACAUAUAGUCAACAGACACCAUCAUGUGUUGUAUCACGUUCAUUGUUGCAAUUAUUUUAUCUACCACAAGAUGAUCAUGUUUUUGGUGAACGUGAAUUCAUUCAAAUAGUGAAAGAAUCAUGUAAACGUUUUAUUAAGCCACCGAUUCUAUGUGGCAAAAUUACAUUGGAUACAGAUACAAAAGAAAAUGUUGAAUCAUUUUUUGAUUUUUGUUCAAGAUUUUUUAAAAAAAUUCUACAAAUCUAUGGCCAUAAUCGUGCAAGUCAACGUGGAAAAUUAGAAAUGAUAUUCAAAGAUGUUGUCUAUAUUGGUGAACAAUGUGCCGUAUUGGAACAGAUUUUAAUUUAUAGAAAAUUUUGUGAUCAUCUUCAAGUGUGGAUAAUGUUUUAUAAAUUUUAUUUCAUAUCACAAUAUUUAUUGACUGGAUUCGAAUUGGAAUUAUAUUCAAUACAUGAAUUUGGUUAUAUUUAUUUUGAAUUGGAUCAUAUUUGGGAUUAUAUUUCAUUGAUUGUUAAACGUGCCUUAGAAAAUUAUAUGGAACAUGAAUUAUUUCUAAAUUCAACAAAUAAUUCGACAACGGUGAAUAGCAAGAAUAGCCGUAAAAAGAAUAAAUCAAAAAUCAUACGUAAUCGUUUUAAUAUACAUGAAAUAUUUAUCACAUAUUAUAAGGGUAUGAAUCAAAUGGCAGCUGCAAUGAAUCGAUUAAUGAUGGCAUUUAUGAUUGAUGAAAAAAUUAAACCAUUAAAACAAAGUUUAAAUAGUGAAGAGAUUCGUUAUAAACAUCGAUUUUCACCACUAUUACAAUUGGAAGGAACAUUACAAUCAUAUUUAAAUUAUAGUGAAUGUUUUGAUUCAUUUGUUAGAUCUAAAUCAUCGACAAGAUUAUUAUAUACGGAAGCUUGUCAGCUAUUUGAACAAGCUAGAAAACAUUUUGAAUCAUUACAACAAAAUGAUUUGACAUUUCAAGAUGAGGUGCAAUCCUAUAUAAAAGUUGCUAAAACAAAUAAUAUUGUACUAAAACUUUUUCUUUCUGGUCACAAUGAAAAGGGUUGUGUUGAAUUUAAUUUUAUCGAUACAGUCUAUUUUCCCACCAUACGUUUUGGAACAACGAUCACGACCACGACCACCACGACGACAAUGGUGACAAAAAAUGAGAAUUAAUUAUCAUAAUAUAAACAAUCAUCAAUAUUUUAUUAUGAUACAGAAAAAUUAAUAAAC